AUGUCGGCGGAGUGCUGGGAGCCCGGGCCGGGGGGGCACCCUUGGGCCUCGGGCGCAGGUCCGUGCCCCCCUGGGACCGCGUCCGCCCCCUGGAACCUGCCCCGCUGGCGGGCUUGGCUGGCCGCCGCGGUGCUCUGCUACAUCAACCUCCUGAACUACAUGAACUGGUUCAUCAUUGCAGGGAUGCUGCUGGACAUACAGAACUUUUUUCAGAUCAGCGAUGGCAAUGCUGGUUUGCUUCAGACAGUCUUCAUCUGCAGCCUGCUGCUGUCUGCACCUGUGUUCGGCUACCUGGGUGACCGGCACGGCCGCAAAGCCACUCUGAGUGUUGGGAUCCUGCUCUGGUCGGGGGCAGGCCUUUCCAGCUCCUUCAUCUCCCCCCAGCAUUCCUGGCUCUUCUUCCUGUCCCGGGGAGUCGUGGGCAUAGGCUCGGCCAGCUACUCCACCAUCGCGCCCACCGUCCUGGACGACCUCUUUGUGAGGGACCAGCGGACCCGAGUGCUGGCCAUCUUCUACAUCUUCAUCCCUAUUGGAAGCGGCCUGGGCUACGUGCUGGGGUCGGCCGUGUUGCAGCUAACUGGGAACUGGCGUUUGACCUUCCGAAUCAUGCCUUGCCUGGAAGCCGUGGCCUUGAUCCUGCUUAUCGCGCUGGUUCCAGACCCGCCUCGGGGAGCUGCUGAGAAGCAGGAAGAGGCGGCCGUGGGCGGCCCGAGGAGCAGCUGGUGUGAGGAUGUCAGGUACCUGGGGAGAAACUGGAGUUUUGUGUGGUCGACCCUUGGGGUGACCGCCAUAGCCUUUGUGACUGGAGCGCUGGGCUUCUGGGCCCCCAGGUUUCUGCUCGAGGCCCAUGUAGUGCAUGGGCUGCAGCUUCCCUGCCUCCAGGAUCUGUGCAACAACCAGGACAGCCUGAUUUUUGGGAUUCUGACUGUGGUGACUGGCAUCGUUGGGGUGGUCCUGGGAGCAGAGGCUUCAAGGAGGUACAAGAAGGUCAACCCGCGGGCUGAGCCCCUCAUCUGUGCCUGUAGCCUGCUUAUUGCUGCCCCCUGCCUCUACCUGGCUCUCAUCCUGGCCCCGGUCACUCUCCUGGCCUCCUAUGUGUUCCUGGCCCUCGGGGAGCUGCUUCUGUCCUGCAACUGGGCGGUGGUUGCUGACAUCCUGCUGUCUGUGGUGGUGCCCCGGUGCCGAGGGACAGCAGAGGCGCUUCAGAUCACGGUGGGCCACAUCCUGGGGGACGCCGGCAGCCCUUACCUCACUGGCCUUAUCUCCAGCACCCUGAGGGCCGGGCGCCCCGACUCCCACCUGCAGUCCUUCCUCAGCCUUCAGCAGAGCUUCCUGUGCUGCACCUUCGUCAUCGCCCUGGGCGGCGGUUGCUUCCUGCUAACUGCGCUGCGGCUGGAGAGGGACCAGGCCAGGGCCCGGCAGCCGGGCACAGGUACGCCCAGCCCUCCCACCUCGGAGAUAGAGACCGACAAGAAACAGGAAGAGCAAAAGAUAGAGUACGUGCAAGGUGAUCAGCGCUACGGAGAGGUGUAA